UAGACAGAGGCUCGCAGAGGGAGGGUUUAGGUCCAAACGGUGCGUUUCUUUCCUUUCAGCCUCCAAUGCAACUGAAACUAAAAAAAAAAACCAUUAGAAAAGAAGAAGAAGAAGAAGAAGAAGAAGUGAGAAAGAGAAAUCUUGGGAAAAAAAACAGAGGAAAACCCAGUAAUGGAAACCCAAUCGGACGGUAACAAAGAAACGGCGAUAUCUACGAUCAAGGAUUUGCGUCAACAACUCCAAUCUCGCGCUCAGUCUCAGCGAACCGCUCAGCUUGAGCUCCUCGCAUCUCUCCAAGCCCAGCUGGUCCCCAACAUAGUCUCCUCCAUCGAUCUCUCCCUCCAAGUUGUCUCUUCCUUCAACAACCGGCCUUUCGCUCCCACUCCUCCUCUUCCUCAGCCUAAACCCAACCCUAGAAAAACCCUUGAACCAAGCCGCGCUUUAACCCCUGAAACCCAAACAACCAAGCAACAACCUUUUGCUGAACCCAGACCCACCGAUCCCAAGGCCCAGAAUGCAAAACCGAUUUCUGAUUCAAACAACCCAGUUCGUCAACCGGAUGCCGAACAAUUCAGCCCCAUUGAUGAGAGUGGAAGCCCGUUAUCGGUGGUUCGGUCAAUGGUGGCGGUUUGCCUGCUGGAAAGGGUACCAUUUUCGCCAAUUGAUUCAUCGACGGUGUUGAGGAAGCUCGAGAACGACCAGACCGCAACGCCGGCUGAGAAGGCGGCUUUGCGUGAGGUAGGAGGCGAGUCGGGGGCUAUAUUGGCGGUGGAGAUGGCGCUGAGGUCAAUGGCGGAGGAUAACCGUGGCGUGGAAUUGGAGGAGUUUGUGGUGAGUGGAAAGUCUCGGGUUAUGGUUUUGGCAAUUGAUAGGACUCAGCUGCUAAAGGAAUUGCCUGAAAGCAGCGCGCAGUUUCAGCAGCAGGAUUCAAGUAUAAGUUUUGCUGAUUGGAAUGCCAAUCAGAAUCAAAAUCAGAAUCAGCAGCAAGUAGUAACUAGUGGAGUUGAUAUCAAUGGUGGAGUGUUUGGAAUGUCAGUGCCAGUUCCAAGGGCAAUGCCGGACAUAUGGAUGGGACCUAACGACCCCCACAUGUCCGGGUUGCCGCCGAUGUUUCCAGGGAGUGGACCGCCGCCAGGUGCGUUGAUGGGUCCGAGGGGUGGGCCUAGAGGAGGAGCUAUGAGCAUGAUGGGGAUGCCUAGGGGGAUAGGUGUUCCUCCAUUGCAUAGACCUCCAAUGGGACCAAAUUCGGGAAUAGGAGGCAAUGCAAUGAAAAUGAGCACUGAGGAGGAUGAUAUGAAGGAUCUUGAGGCAUUGUUGAAUAAGAAGUCUUUUAGAGAAAUGCAAAAAUCAAAAACUGGUGAGGAGCUGUUGGACCUCAUCCACCGGCCCACUGCAAAGGAAACUGCUGUGGCUGCAAAGUUUAAAACUAAAGGUGGUUCCCAAUUGAAACACUACUGCUCGUCCCUAACGAAAGAAGAUUGCCGACGACAAUCUGGUUCGUUUAUGGCGUGUGAGAAGGUUCAUUUUCGGCGAAUCGUUGCUCCGCAUACUGAUAUCAAUUUAGGGGAUUGUUCUUUUCUGGAUACAUGCCGUCAUAUGAAGACUUGCAAGUAUGUUCAUUAUGAGCUCGAUCCAACACCAGAUGUAUCACCCAUGAUGGGGGCUGCAGCUCUUGGACCUCCCAAAUCACUGAAGCCUCAGCGUGCUGAAUAUUGUUCAGAAGUGGAACUUGGUGAACCACAAUGGAUUAAUUGUGAUAUCCGUACAUUUAGAAUGGACAUUUUAGGGCAGUUUGGAGUCAUAAUGGCAGAUCCACCAUGGGAUAUUCAUAUGGAAUUGCCAUAUGGGACAAUGGCUGAUGAUGAAAUGCGCAAUCUUAAUGUACCUGCACUGCAGACUGAUGGUCUGAUUUUUCUUUGGGUCACUGGACGAGCAAUGGAGCUUGGACGUGAAUGUUUAGAACUUUGGGGGUACAAGCGUGUUGAAGAGAUUAUAUGGGUGAAAACUAAUCAACUUCAGCGGAUAAUCAGAACAGGGAGGACAGGCCAUUGGCUGAAUCAUAGUAAGGAGCAUUGCCUCGUUGGAAUAAAGGGGAAUCCAGAAGUAAACAGGAAUAUUGAUACUGAUGUCAUAGUUGCUGAGGUCAGAGAGACAAGUCGUAAGCCAGAUGAGAUGUAUCCUAUGCUAGAGAGAAUUAGUCCCCGGACAAGGAAGCUGGAAUUGUUUGCUCGAAUGCACAACACUCAUGCAGGGUGGAUGUCACUGGGGAACCAAUUGCAAGGAGUACGACUGGUUGACGAAGGCCUGAGGGCAAGGUUCAAGGCUGCUUACCCAGAUGUGGAGGUGCAGCCUGCAUCCCCUCCCAGGGCUUCUGCUAUGGAAGUAGACGCCGGUGCUGCUCCGAUCAGGAGUCCAUUUUCAGUAACAGAACCAAAAUCCUCGGCUACCCAAUUCACAGAUUCGGCAGCUCUAGGUGCAGCCUAUGCUGCCUCUGAAGACAAGCCGAUGCCUUCAGAUGUUGAUAUGGUUAACUAAUUUAGUUUGAAAGAGGUUCUAUCAUCAUCAUUUUUGUCCCAUUUGUGUAUUUAAUUUCAAUGGAACUAAAAAAAAAGAAAAAAAGAAAAAAGGGGUACAGUUUCAAGGGGCCAAAGUCGGGCUAUCUGUGUAUUAUACAUGAGUAUUGAUUAAGCAUGUAAAAUUUUAUCUUUUGCCAUGUUUAAGAUGCUAGCUGGUUCUUUUGCUGC